UAAAUAUGGGAAAUGUCUAAAAAGCAAAGAACCAAUUCUUAUUACUCCUGAUGUUCUGGCUUUAAGGAAAAGUUCAUUUACUAAUAAUAAAUUGUCUACAACGCCAAUUAUUUGUUCUGGCGACGGCAAGUUUUUUGAGAAUGCUGAAGAAGAUUUUAUUUUUUCGGAUGAGGAACCUGUUUUGAAGCUAGGCCAGCUUUCCUUAAAUAAAAGAACUGAUCGACAAGAAACAUCAAAAGAAAAUUCUGGAGCGUCCAAUUUUAGUUUUGAUUCCGAUUGUGAAGAGGAAAUAACACCAAAACAGAUGUUUAGCGGUCCGAUAGUGCCCCCUCCCACUGAGGAAACUUAUGAUGAUCUGGUAGUUCCUAAAGAAGGCCUUAACACGGAUAUGUUGCAUAAAGCCACUAGCACGCGCUAUGCAAAAAUAGAACGCGAUAAACCAACUGACCUACCGAACGACUUGAUACACUUAAGAAAAGCUCUUCUCCAGAGUACAACACAAGCAGAAAACACCGACUUUAAAGCUGCUACUCUGCUGAGCUCAGGAGGAAGGGACUUUCCAUCCAGCGUUAGUCUUAGUUUCUCUGAAUUUGAUGAAGAGUUUGAGGGCGAGUCAGUACAACUUUCCGUGCCGCUUGAUGGCAAGCUUAAUUCUUCUAGCGUUGUAGUAGGAAAGAUGUCCUUUGAUAGAGAAACUAACUCUUGGCGUGCCAGCCAGUGCAGCGAGAAGGGAAGUGAUUCGCUGGAAGAGUACAAUGGACUUCAAAGAAAACGACCUGCUUUGAUCGCCCCGUUAAGCACUCAGUCCACUUUAUUGCCAAGAGUGGAAAAUGGUAUGGUCUUCGAUCCCGUAAAAAUGUGUUGGCGGGGAAACAACGAGGACGCGCUUGUUUUUAGCGAUGAAGACUCUUUUGAAAAGGAAUACACAUCUUCGACUGGAGAAAAAAUGGAGAUAAGUGCCGAUCUCAUGGCAAAGUUAGUAAAGUGUCAGCACGAACAUAAUCUUCUUUUAAAUGGAUGGAUUUUAACGGCUGCGACUCGUCUUUCGCAUGGUUAGCUCUCACAUAGCAUAGCAACUCAGCAUCGUUUUUCAUAGGAAUUUUUGCCGGAAUUAACUUGCACUUUCCGUUUAUAUAACGUAUAUUAUAAAUUGGUUUCCUCCUA